AUGGACACAGGAAGCAGCGAAUCUGUCCUACCGAAAUCAGCACUCAGUGCGGUUUGUCCCAAUGCUGUUCUAGCCCCGAUUUCUGUGCCCAUUCAUGAGGUUAUUGGCCAUCGGUUGCAAUUACCUGGUGAAACGACGUUGUGCGUUCAAUCUGAAUCCGGUGUAUCAAUCCCAAUCCGAUUCCUGGUAUCAGCCCACAGUCCGUCUAUUUUGGGCCUUCGGGCAAUGCGGCUACUACAAGAAUCAAUCACAUUACACACCAACAACGAUAUGACAAUCACCUCACAUCUUCAACAUUUGACUGUACAGUGUUCCGGUAACGUCGGUGGCAUGAAGAUACCGUCGGUAAAGUUGGAAGUGGACGGUGAACAUGUUUUCCUAAAACGACGCGUUCUCCCAUACGGUAAACGGGAAGGUGUCCUGAAAGCAUUACAUAACAUGGAGCAGGAUGGUGUGAUAAGUAAAGUUGAAUCCAGUGCCUGGGCGACUGUAAUAAUCGAAUAG